ACAGACGUCAUUUGUAGCCGCCAAACCGGAAACUCAUCCUUCUUUUGUCUCAUCCUCAUCUCUAUAUAUAUACACAUACGCAAACACAUACAGCAGCAGCAGCAGCGAUGGGGGCGGAGAAUUUUCCGGCGAGUUCCGCGGCGGGAAAGGGGAAGAGGGUGCGGCGGCGGAGCCAGAAGGAGAGGCCGUACAGAGGGAUAAGGAUGAGGAAGUGGGGCAAGUGGGUCGCCGAGAUCAGGGAACCGAACAAGCGGUCAAGGUUAUGGUUAGGGUCUUACUCCUCCGCCGUCGCCGCCGCCAGAGCCUACGACACCGCCGUCUUCUACCUCCGUGGCCCUUCCGCCAGACUCAACUUUCCCGACCUCAUCUUCGCCGAUGACGGCGGCGGCGGCGGAGAAGUGGGGGACAUGUCGGCCGCAGUGAUACGGAAGAGGGCGGCGGAGGUCGGAGCCAGAGUCGAUGCGGCGGUCCGGUCAGGACAAGCGGCGGAGUCCGCCGCGCCGUGGAGGACGGCGGAGAAGCCUGACCUGAAUAAGUUGCCGGAGGCCGGAAGUUAUGAGGUGGGGGUUUAAAUUAAUAAAAAAAACCCAUUGAUGUAAAAAAAA